AUGUUUAUGGACAUCCCAUCACUCCGUGUGUGGUUGCGGAUUCUAAAGAAAGCUGAAUCCAACCGCCGCGUCGAGGAACUGCUUCGGUGCCAGUGUGUGAAUCUCGGUAUCUCCACAGCUGUCGCCGCCGUACCUUUGACCUUUGACAUUGUUAAGAAAUACUGCGUCCCGAACACAGUGUCCCAAGCCUGGUAUCUGGGUCGGGCUAUUCACCGCGCCCGCCGGUCCAAAACAGACAUCAUCAAAGCCAUUUUCGAAACUACGCCCGGCAAGCUGCUGUACAGUGGCAAGAUCAUUGACGUGAAGCGAGAUGUCAGUCGGGGAUACACGGUUGGCCAGUGCACAAUUGCCCCGUUAGCGGGGGAAGAGAGACAGAAUAUGGAAAACCAUGUCUCGACAGAGACGCGUCACUUGAUUAUCCCAUUUCAAAAUGAGUUUCUGUACGCUGCGUACAUCGACCCCGCAAAUCCCGCAUCUCCGCAGGUUAUUUGCACAGUACCCGACCUCAUCUCGGUCCUCGGCCAAGAUGGUGAGGCAAUCGGGUCGCAGGAGCUGCGGUAUGGCUUGCGCGUGAAUGUCAUCGGCAUGGCGGCACAUCCGCUGUGGACCGGAGAUGAGCGAGGACUGCGUGUAGGAGGACCCCAGGGCUUUGGAUUGGAUAUGGAAUGGACAAGUCUGGGACCGUAUCAGGCACCGCCGAGCGUUAUUGCAGAGUUUAAUCGGUAG